AUGCUGGACUCCCUGUACGGCGACCUGCCGCCGCCGUCGAAAGACGAUGGCGGGCCUCCUAAGACGGCCUCGCUGCUCGGGUCGCUCUACGACGACCUCGACGACCCUCCCGCCACGUCGUCCUCUUCUUCCUCCUCGUCUUCUUCCUCCGCGCCGUCUUCUUCGUGGGCUGCGCAGCGGCUGCAGCUGCUCACGCCAGCGGUCGUGCGCAAGCAGACGCUGGCUAAGUCGACCGGCGGAGGCGCUUCGCAGGCCUCCGCGACCCAAACGAGCUCCGGCAAGCCCCUGCUGGACGUCGCCGCGGUCGCAGCGGCAGCGAGUGCAGCUGCUGCGGCCGUCGCCGCGCAGCUCAAAGCCGUGAAGAGCGAAGCCUUUGCGGGCGACAAGGCCCGCGGCGCGCUGCUCCUGCGCGGCGGCGGAGACAAAGAGCGGGAGGGUGCAGACAAGGCCGGGCUCGGCGCGGCCUCCGAAGACCAACCGGCGAGUGCUCUCGCAUUCUUCGCAGGGGUUAAGAAAGAAGAAGAAACGAAGAAGGGGAUGUUCGCGCUGGGCGGCGACCUCGCAGGCAGAGACGGGAGCGAAGGUGCGUUUGUGGGCAAGGAGCAAGAGGAUGGAGGCUCUGCUGAAAUCGGCAAGAUGAAGGACGAAUACGACCCCGGAAAUCCCAACGACUACAGCGCAGUGUAUCGAGAGAGAAUCAGAAAGCAGCAGAGGGAGGAACUGGAGCGACUGAGGCAGCAAGAGCUCGAAAAACAGAGAAGAGAAAGAGAGAACGGGCCGGCUGGUGCAGGUUCUUCGCUCUCUGGCGUGGCCUUCGGCGAUUCGCCGUCGACGCCCAGCGCACCGGUCGCUCCCCCUGCGCCUCCGGCGCUUCCUUCGUACAUCGAUCCCGCGAAGAAGUCUUUCGCCGCGCGCAUGAUGGAGAAGAUGGGAUGGAAGCACGGUGAAGGUCUCGGCGUCAACAAACAGGGUAUCACGGCGCCGCUGGUCGCGAAGAAAACUGCCAUGCGAAGUGGUGUCAUUGUUCAGGGAGCCGAAGUCGUGGCGGCGGCGGCGCAGGCGCGUGCGCAGUUCAAUCGGCCGCCGACGCGCGUGUUGCUGCUUCUGAACAUGGUCGGGCGAGGCGAAGUAGAUGAAGACUUGAAGGACGAAACGGAGGAAGAAGCGGCCAAAUUCGGCAACCUCCUGCAGGUGAAGAUCGUGGAGGCUCCCGAGGCGCCCGACGAAGAGGCUGUGCGAAUUUUCUGCGAGUACGAGCGCAAAGAAGAGGCGACUCGCGCGUUCAUGACCAUGAAUGGCCGCGUCUUCGGCGGCCGGACUGUGAAGGGCAAGUUUUACUGCGAAGAACGCUGGGAGAAAAACGACCUUCUCCCGAACCCCGAAGAGGAAGCAGACAAGCCGCUCGACUAG